GGAUGGCGAGGGUAUGGAGGGGAGGAACGAGGAGGAGAGGGAAGUGUAAAGGGCGUGGAAGGAGGGCGAAGCGCACCACCUUGCGCGGCGCACGCGGAUGGCCACGGCUUGCAAGAUACGUCGCUACCGCAGAAGGCGGUUCACCGCGGUUUUCCGGCGCUUUAGCAGUAGACCCUUCUCCGUCGACUGCACGCCAGUGUGCUCGACGAAUGCGCCACAGUCUACGGUCGAAUCCCGAUGGAUGUGCUUCGUUGCCCGACGGACGGUUUAUUCCAGGCGACGGACGUGUCAUCCCAGGUGACGGACGUAUCGUCCUGGCGACGCCGGUCUCGCAUCGGAGGUGCAUUCGGAGAACGUCUGAUCGUCAUUCGGAGGAGUUCCUUGCAGAGGGUGAUUCGGGGAAGGCCACGGUAUAUGCAAAGGAGCGCGUCGCCUAUUCGGAGGACGUUUGAACGUCAUUCGGAGGAGCGCGUCGUCUAUCCGGAACAGCAUAUUCGGAGAACGCUACGGCAAAUCCGCAGAACGUCGCGGCAUAUUCGGAUAAUACCAUUCGGAGAACGUCUGACCGUCAUUCGGAGAACGUCUGACCGUCAUUCGGAGAACGUACGACCGUCUUUCGGAGGAUUGCGUCGCGCAAUCGGAGAACGGCAGGCCUCUUCUCCCAGGGCGUCCGACGCGCUAUGCGCGCGAACUCAACAGACGCUCGUGCAUGAAGCCUCAUGCGCGAUUUCCUGCAUUGCCCUUCGUCGUGACAUACCUUCUUUUUCGAAGACCUACCGUCUCUUCUUCGAAGACCUACCGUCCCCCGAUACAUUCCAUAUAGCCGUUACACGCCAAACAGCCUUCACAUAGCCCAUAUGCCUCAUCAGCCAGCCGCGGAGCCUCUGACGACUGGUCACGGU